AUGUAUAACAAAGGAAUGGGUGGUGUAGAUGUUUGUGACCAGAUGCUGUCAACCUACAGGCCAAGACUACGCUCCAAGAAAUGGUGGUGGAAUAUUUGGUCUCAUCUACUGAACCUCUCCAUUGUAGCUAGUUUCAGAUUCUACCAGCAUGUAAAUCCUGGCUCUCAGAUCAGCCAUAAGGAUUUCAGGCGUGAAAUAGCUCGCACACUUGCAAGAAUCGAAACACCAAGAUUACGAGAAGGUGGUCCAACAUCCUCUGUACCAAAAGCAAUAAGAUAUGAUAAUGUAAACCACUUUCUUCAGGAGUUUUCACAAGGUAGAUGCUAUGUAUGCAAGAAAAACACACGUCUGAAGUGCAUCAAGUGCGAGAAAAGACUUCACAAGGCGUGCAGUAUCAACUUCCAUAAGAAAUGA